CAGAAGACCUCGCAGACAGCAUCCGCAGCUGCAACAACGACAACCCCACUGAACCAUCCCGCUUAUCUACGACAUCCUCACGCGUCACGCACUCACGCACGCACCCAUCCCCAUCCAUAUUUUACUACUGGAGAACAUUGGCAAUUCUUGAAACUGGAAGAGGACGUCACAGAUAUCGGCAUAAUCCAGCUCGGAUGGCCGAAAACGAAUCAGAUGUGUUUCAAUACGAAAGGCAAAAUCUGUCACCACCCUCCCAUCCACUCAUCCAGCAUAAUAUCCUCACACCCCCCCAACCAACCUCACAACUACCACCGUUCGUUUAUCAACGAAAGGCUGGCCGCAAAAAAGAUCGAGACUAUCAAUCAAAGCAUUCGGCUGGUCGUCGCCAAACUUAUGACAUGCGCGCUGGAACUUUUCGCCAGCGUAUGGCACACAUCCCCACCCACCGUACUCCGCCGUCGUCGCUGCUGCCGCUUAUACCACCGCGUCCGAUGCACUCGGCGUCAUCGCUGCUGCCAUUGCCGUCAUCCGACGGUUUUAUCAAGACCGUCAAGUGUCUAUGGUGUGUUCACGCUGAACCGCUACAAAGAAUCUGCGGAGGCACUCGAUUGCAGGCUGCAACUACCCCUCAUUCCCGGAUCUUCAAGGAUGGAGCAGCUUGGCCUGACACGACGCAGUAUGCAGGCUUUCCCUGGCUUUCCUUUUUACUCUCUCCUCGACGACGACACAACUUCUUCGUCUUCUACCAACUAUCCACCACCACCAUCUUCUUUUUUCUCCUCCGCCCCUGCAUCUACCCAGCUACCCUUCCCCUCCUUCAUGUAGGCUUUACUUCUAUCUAUGUAGCCAUAUAUGCCUUUACUCUCCAGCGUAUUGUGCAUCUAUGAUGUCUAUCUGAUGUGGCAUAUAUUGGUUUCUUCAUAUGAAAGAUCCCGCGUACGCCUACCUCGCCGCAAGGAUGCUAAGGAAUUCGUGAAAGGGACGGGGUACCAUCGUCGCUCCCUUCCCAACAUUCAUGUUGGGCUGAUGUUGCAAACCAAAACCGUGUUCACUUCGCUGGCCUUCGCUCAGACUACGGCGCGAUUAUCUCGCCACGCACUCAAUCGCUCGAUGCGGCGAUUGCCUUAGCCAUCAACAUCUCGUGAGUGCCUUCCUCCGGUACAUGAUCCCCCUUACAUCCAAUAUCCCCAAACCCCUGUCGCUCAUAGAGCCUAAUCGCUUGGCUGUUGCUGGGCCUCACCGCCAGACAUAUCGUGCGCGCCCCUCUUUUGACUGCCC